AUGUCACGCCGGUUUGCUGCGCGUUGCGGGUUCGGUGCUGAGCAGACCCUCGGCGGCGAGUCGACAUGCAUAAUUUGCUUCACUCAGCCAAAGUCGCACGCCGCGGUGCCUUGCGGGCACCGCUGCGCUUGCGCCGACUGCUCCGCCAAGAUCAUGGAGCGUGACCGUCGGUGCCCGUACUGUCGCGAGGAGGUGAUGAUGUGGAUGAUUCCACGCGAGACCGGCGAUGGCACCACGGCGGAAUGCAGCCCGAGCUGCCAGUCACGGUCAAGGCGUGUGGUGCUACAAAUAUGCGGCACGCUGUCGCUGACCGUGCGCAAGCAAGUUCACUACUUUACGAGAGCAUCGGUCACAGUGACGCUCGAAUGA